AUGGAGCCGAGUAUGUGGAGAGAGUUUAAGUCUGGGAUUUGGAAGGGGAGGUCGAAAGGGGCCAAGCAGGAAGGGUCGGCAGGGAGAUGUUCGUCGUCGUUAAGAAGCAAGUACCGCUGCUCGGGCUGUCCAGGGUCUCGUGUGGUGAGCAAGAUUUUGGAGGGGUGGUUUGUGGAGAGGUGCAAGGAACAGAAUUCGGGGCUGGCUAUGAUGGACUUCCACGAUUUGCAUACGGCCCUAAGACGGAGCAAAGCUUGUACCGGCAAUCUCGCCAGGAUUCCAACUAACAGAUCUUCCCUCAGUGUGUGGGUCGUCAAUCAGUGUUCGGUCGAGAAGGACGAGACUCUCUUGGUGAUUGGUAGAAUGGACAGUCCCAAAGGCUCGUUGUUGAGAGAGGGACAAGGGCUCCAAGUCCUUAAACUUGCCAUCCCUUGGAUCAUAUGCCGCUAA